CGGGUCACCUGACCAGCAGCGCAGCAGAUUUGAAUGUGUGUGGUUGAUGUGUUUUCGUCUCGCCGUUUGAAUGCGGAGCAGAAAAUAAGAUUUGAGAGUUUUCAGAGGAGCUUCAGGUCUGAUCCGGAUCAAUCUGUAUCCCACAGAGAGGAAACAACAUCGGGAUGGACUGUCGAGCUAACAGCAAUUUGUUCUUUCUGGCUGAUGAGAAGUUUGACUUUGAUGUUUCAUUGUCACCUGCCAGCUCGAAAGGUGAUGAAGAUGAGGACGAGGUGUUCAUCGGUCCGGUCGGCCAUACGGAGCGGUGCGUCUCUGUAAACGUGGCGUCUCGGCUCGAGGGUGUCGGCGGCGUCCGGGCCAGCUGGAGUCCUCUGAGUGGAGAUCAGCUGGAGGCCGUGUGUCAGGAAGCACACAAGCUGGUUGACCAGCUGCAGGGUGGAAAACUGAAUCAGAGCGUUGACGUGACCACCGACACCACCUCUCACAGGGACGAGUUUGUCCAGGACACCGAGGCCAAACUGGGCAUGCUUGAUCGGACCCCAAGUGCUCUGAGCCCCAUCAAACGGCAGACCUUCUGCGUGCAGGACAGUCCCAUGAAGCAGCUGCCUCCUGCCGUUCAGCGCCGCCUGCUCAGAGGAAGCAGCACCAACACAGCUUCAUCCACCCGACCCGCCUCCACCAACACAGCGCCAUCAUCCCGACCAGCGUCCACCAACACAGCCUCAUCCAGGCGUACCUCCACCAACCCAUCGUCAUCCUCUUCCCGCCUCACUGCCGCCCCCAGACUCAGCACCUCCAGUCCCAUGGCAGGGGUGAAGCCUCAGCUCAGGACAGGGCUGCGGGGGAGGGCGGCGCUGGGUGUGGUGCUGCCGAGCAAACCGGCCGCCCCAACAAGAGAGAGCGGAGUGCAGAAAACCAGACUGCAGCCACCGAGCAAAGCGGUGGGGGGCUGGAAGCGCAGUCCAUCAUCUCGCCCCUCCAGCAGGGCGGGGUCGAGAGAUCUGCUCUCUGAUUCGGCGAGCGUGGCAUCCGAUAUCAGUGACUCCUCCUUCAACUCCAGCCUUCAGGGAAAACACAUGCUGGCUCCGCCCACUAAGAGUGCCUUGAGGAACAUGUCCAGUGUGAAAGCUCCACCUCUUCAGAGGAGGCGGAUGACGGAAAGGAACAACACCUCCUCCUCCUCGUCCUCAGUGUCCAGCUUCAACUCCAGCAUCUCUCUGUCCCCGGCUAAAGGUAGACUGAACUCCUCUCUGAACCGGAGUGUGAGCGGCCCCGCCCCCGGCAGCAUCAGCAGACCGGCCGUUCAGAGCCGACCUCGUCGCUCCACCGUCACCGCGGAGCCAGCCUCCGCCGGGCGCCGCUCGCUGUCGCUGCAGAACAGGAAGCUGCCCGAGGUGGAGGGAGUCAAACCUGCCAGGUCGACGCUGCUGAAGAGAGCCGACUCCACGCCGGUGCAGUCCACGCCCGCCAAGAGGGGUUUGGAGAAGACCGGCUCCAUGCCCGCCAGGCCUCAGAGCGCACUUAGGAGCAGAUCCAAACCAGAGGCGCUCGCCGUUCUGACCCCCGGCGGAGGAUUCAGAGGAGUCCGCAAUGGAGAUGCUCCAGACGUCUCAAAGAUGCUGAAGCCGAAGGCGCUGACGUCAGUGAGCAGCGUGGACAGUCUCUCAGGCCCUCUGACGCCCUCUGCUGGUGGCUGCAAGUCUCUGCAGUUGAAGCCUCGGCGCCCCUCCGCCCUCCCCACCCCUGUGAAGCGCAGGAUGUCCGCCAUCCCCGUGGCUACACCCACCACCAAGAGCCGGCCCAGCAGACUGCCAUCCAACCCUGACCCCGCCUGCAUCCCCGCCCCCAUCAUGAGGGAGCGAAGCUGCAGCCCCGCCCCCAUGGAGGUGCAGGAGGCGGAGCCUGUUGAAGUCCCCGUCAUCCAGCCCUUCUGCCUGGAGGAGGAAGAAGAGGAGCUCCCUGCCGCCCCGCCUACCAGCUCCCCACAGCCCGACCAAUCAGAGAGACCAGUUCCUGCAGCACCUAGUGAGAGCCAAUUAGAGGCUGGAGCACCAAGUGAGAGCCCAUCAGAGGCUGGAGCACCAAGUGAGAGCCCAUCAGAGGCUGGAGCCCCGAGUCACACCCAAUUAGGAAGCGCGGUUCCUGCAACCCCGAUUCAGAGCCAAUCAGAGCCAAGCAGGAACCUGAUCGAACAGGAAACUAAAGAGGAGCGCCACCACAAGACACAGGAGGUUCUCCUGCUGGAUCUCCCCACUCCGAUGCUGCACCCUCAGGAGAAGCUGCUCAUCGACCUGACCAACACCCCCGACCUGAUCCGCACCAGCAACAAGUCCUGCACCAACACUCAGCUGAUCGACCUGACCUCUCCGCUCAUCAAGUGGAGUCCAGAAGACAAGAGGGAGAACAACGCUCCGCUCAUCAACCUCUCCUUCUGACCCUCCCCCUCCUCCUCCAUAAUGUAAUUAGAUGACCCCUAAAGUUUUUAUCAGCGAAGCCUUUCCUGAAUGUUAUAUUUUAGAUGAUGAAAAUAUUCAAAGGUAACUGAAGGUUUUCCGGCACCUGAUUGUUCCUUUAUCUGUCCCAGUCUCGCUGCUCUUAUUGAUGUCUGAAUAAAUGUGGUAAAUGUCA